AUGAGACAGUCGUGCCAUCGUCUGCUUGAGCACCAACACGCCGGGGGAGACGAACCCCCGCUUUACUCACCAGUAGACCAAAUUUCAGUGGUACCGGAACAUGUGGGCCGCGAGGCCGGCGGCAAGCUGACACGAUAUGCGCCGACGGAGGAAGACGAGGCGACACUCAGGGAACUUCUUCUUAGCCUUCAGAGACAGGUGAGCGUGAUGAGUAUGAAUCUUUCCGCCAAGCUGGACGAGUUACAGCGUGGGGACCGACAGCUCGAAACCACGGUCGCUCUAUGCGAGAUCCGCACGCAACUCCAAGAACUCACCAAGAGUGUUGAAUCAUGUCAAAGCGAGGUAUCUGAGGUAAAACGAGACAUGGUUGCCAUCAAGCAAGAAUUGGAUACUGUGCAGCAGGUGAAGGAAGAAAUCGAGGAGUUGCGAGAGUAUGUGGAUAGACUUGAAGAACAUACUCAAAGGCGGAAGCUGAGACUUCUUGAGCAAGGCUUAACAUUCUUCCUGUCCUAUGCCAUCUUAGCCGCAGUCCUCGGUAUGCUGCAAUUCGGUUACAACACUGGCGUCAUCAACGCUCCUGGCAGAAACAUCGAAAACUUUAUGAAAGACGUUUACAAGGACCGUUACGGCAAGGAUAUCCAGGAUGAUGCCGUCAACACUUUGUAUUCCAUCGCAGUGAGCAUCUUUGCAAUUGGUGGAAUGCUUGGCGGUUUCUCGGGUGGAAUGAUCGCAAAUCGAUUUGGAAGGAAAGGUGGAUUAUUGCUCAAUAACAUUCUUGGUAUUAGCGGCGCAAGUCUUAUGGGAUUCACAAAGAUAUCACAUUGCUAUGAAAUGCUCUUCUUCGGUAGAUUCAUCAUUGGAGUUAAUUGCGGGCUAAAUACGUCAUUGGUGCCAAUGUACAUAUCUGAGAUUGCGCCUUUAAACCUUCGCGGUGGACUGGGCACGGUAAAUCAGCUAGCUGUCACUGUAGGUCUGCUUCUAUCCCAAGUUCUUGGUAUCGAACAAAUACUUGGCACAGAUGAGGGCUGGCCCAUACUUCUCGGUUUGGCGGUAUGCCCAGCAAUUUUGCAACUUUUGCUCUUACCUGCUUGUCCUGAAUCUCCUCGCUAUCUGCUUAUCACACGCCAAUGGGAAGAAGAAGCACGACGGGCAUUGAGAAGAUUACGAGCUAGCAACCAAGUGGAGGAAGAUAUAGAAGAGAUGCGUGCUGAAGAAAGAGCUCAACAGGCAGAAGCGUCGAUAUCAAUGAGGGAGCUACUGUGUUCCCCUACUCUUCGCGCCCCACUGCUCAUUGGUGUCGUGAUGCAACUGUCGCAACAACUCAGCGGAAUUAAUGCGGUGUUCUACUACUCAACGUCUCUGUUUACUUCGUCGGGACUUACCGAAGAGUCAGCGAAGUUCGCAACAAUGGGUAUCGGGGCUAUUAUGGUAGGAAUGACCCUGGUCUCCUUACCACUCAUGGAUCGCACUGGACGCCGAACCCUUCAUCUUUACGGCCUUGGGGGAAUGUUUAUCUUCUCUAUAUUCAUCACCAUCUCAUUCCUUAUAAAGGAGUUUUUCGGCUAUGUACAGGAAAUGAUAGACUGGAUGAGCUACCUGUCCGUGGUGUCGACGCUAAGCUUCGUAGUGUUCUUCGCUGUGGGGCCUGGUUCAAUUCCCUGGUUAAUCACUGCCGAACUCUUCUCACAAGGACCUAGACCGAGCGCAAUGGCAAUCGCCGUUUUAGUAAAUUGGAUGGCCAAUUUCGUAGUUGGAAUCGGCUUUCCCAGCAUGAAGGCCCUACUGGAAAACUAUACAUUCCUGCCUUUUAGUGUAUUCCUUGCAAUUUUUUGGAUAUUUACGUAUAAAAAAGUUCCUGAAACAAAAAACAAGACCUUUGAGGAGAUAUUAGCGUUGUUCCGAAAUUCAAACGGCAGGGACAGUUUUCGCGACAGCCGACUCUAUGGAAGCAUGAUGAAUUGUGUGAACGCUUUGGAGCAACAGCUGCCGCCGCCGCCACCACCAGCCCCCAUCGAUGAAAAACAUGAUUCACUGUCAGAACAGUCGUCAGCUGGCGGGGAAGCGGGUCGGCCGCCUCCGCCGCUGCCACCGCCGCGGUUCCCGACGCCGGGCAACGUCUGA